CCCCGUCGUAACCCCCCACGCUAAAUCUGACAUGUGAUGCGCGGGGCGAGGCAUGCUAGCCAUUCAAGCUAUUCCGUUCCGGCAGGUUUAUAGUUGUCCCUAUGCUGUGUCCAAGCUUGCUUGCACAAGGAGCACCCGGCCCACCGCUAUAUAAUUUAAGAUCAGUCGAGUCCACCCUAAACUUGAAUCACACACACAGAGAUACAGACAGGGUCACAAACACAAAUACACAUACAGACACGUGUCGUGUUUGUGAUGUCGAUCAAAGAGGUCAUGACACAUCAUCCAGUUGCGACCCCUCUCUCUCUCUCUCUCUCUCUCUCUGUCUCUCCCUCUCUCUCUCUCUCUGCUCCCCUCUCCCUUCUUUCCUCUCCCUUCACAGCUUUCACCACUCUGAGAGUAACUCAUUCUGUGUUCCCAUCUCUUGCAGGGUCAGCAUGGAAGAAGCCGACCUGUUGAAGGAGAGACUGCAGGCCAUAACGGACAAAAGGCGGGUCCAGGAGGAUAUUGCCCAGAAGAGAAGGCAAAUUGAAGAGGAGAAGUUAAAACUUCAGUAUCUGAAGAAAAAGGCGCUGCGGGAGCAAUGGCUGAUGGACGGUCUGAGUGGCCAAUCGGAGGAGGAGCAGGAGGCCAUGAGGACUCAGGCCCAGGAUGACCAGCAGCAGACCACGCUCCUGCAGACCAACAUCACCAGGAUAGAGGAGGAGAUCGAGGCCCUGGAGGCAGAGGAGAUCCGGAUCUCUCAAAACGAGGGCCUCAUCCUGAAGCGGCUGAAGGAGGUGGAGAGGACCCCAGCGGACAUCAUUAAGGAAGUGAAUGCUGAAAUGCCAAAAGAGCCUGUCCAGUACAAGUACUCAACAAUUCCUGAUCUCCCAAAGAACUACAGACCUUUGCUCCAAAAGAAGAGAAGUCCAAAGCAGGAGCCUGAUGGUGACCAGAAGAGGGGCAUAAUCGCCAUGGAGAUAAGUGUGGAGCUUGACCAUCGCACGGGCCAGAGCCAGGUACUCUCCUCCAACACCAUCACCACAGACGACCUUCAGCACAAGGGCAUCAAGGUCUUCGACGACGGCAGGAAGUCAGUGUACGCCCUGAGCUCGGACGGACGCCCGCUGGAGACCAACGGCGGCGUGGAAGAACUCAGCCCCAGCGAAGUGGACGAACUGUUACGCAAGGCCACGGAGAAGAAGAAGAAGCAAAAAGAGGAGGAGAUGAAGUUGGUGGUGGUGGAGGAAGAGGAGGAUGAAGAAAAAGAGAACACCCCCAUCCCUACAGAUGUCCAGUACCACGAGCCGGUUUACUCAAGCCCCUACCACAGUCGGUCCAACACCCCCAGGAGAUCCGACCGGGACCAGAACAGCCCAGCGCCCAACGGGCUCUGGACGCCCCACACGCACACCCCGAGCCCCCUCCCUGCAGACAGGGAGGCCACACCGAGCCCGCAUCCAGCAGCCACACACAUUCCAGACCCCCGAAGCUGCAUGCUCUCGCCAGGCAAACUGUCUCCAUACUCGACCCCGAGGAAUGGCCAGAUGAAUGGCAGUGGAGGGGCGCAGAGGGUGACAGACGGGAACAGACUCAGCCCAGCGUGGAACCCCAUACCCAUGGAACACCCUGAGGAGAUCCAAUGUGGUCUCGAUUCCGAACUGGAGCUGGGCAGGUCUCCUCCGUCCCCUCUGUGCCCCACAAUGGAGGAGGACACAAGGAUCAGCGUCCUGGACGCGCUCCCUUGCGAGCCGUCCGAGCCAAUCACCAUGAUCUUCAUGGGCUACCAGACGGCGCAGGAGGAAGAGGAGGAAGAUGAGGGCUACCAGGCGGAACUGAUCGUCAUUGCGGACGAUGAUGAAGACGAUCGCGCUGAGGUGGAGGAAGAGGAACUGGAGAAAGAGGACUACAGCCACGAUCCCCAGCUGUCAUACCACCCAGAGGGUUACCACAGCAAAGUCUUCUCCCCCAGCAAGGCUAACGUCCACCGCUCGGAGGUUAAGCCCAGUGGACUCCACGAGCGAUCCCGACAACGGGGUGCUAUCCCUAGGAUGGAGGACCCCACGGCAGCAGCACUGAGGCUGAAACUGGCUCAGCUAGGCAAGCAAGCAUGAGAGUGGGAGACUACUCUAGGACUCCAGCCUAUGCAGUACACUACCCUGCCAUAGAUGGAGGACGUGCUCCAUCAAGAAGAUGGGGGUGAAAGACACACAAAAGGGAAAUGCAACAUAGCUUGAGUGUCUUCCUUUCCUCUACUCUCAAGCAAGGAUGUGACUGGAAAAAAAGACUGCUAAAGGCUUAAAACAAAAAGCACAUUUUGUGGGGGGAAAAAAAGUCUUUUUGCUGCAUAAAGCUCUUUUCUCUGAUUGAACGUGGAGGAAUGUACAGUACAUACUAUGUAUUAGAGUGGUACAGUAUGUGAGUGUGUUGAAAUGCUAUUUCUUCUCCUUUCCAUGUGCAGGUAUUUCACAUGCUUUACAGAAUUGCGAUGAUUAUACUGUUGUUUGAAAUGCUUGAGUGAGUGGGUGCCAAUCAUCAGUAACUGCCAGCGUUUGACGAUCAUGCUUUUCAAAAUAAAUUGCAGAGUGCUACUUGCGCUUCGUCCCUUUGGCUAUAUAUUGCUUCAGAUAUUGAUUAAAAAUAGCUUUCAAAGGCAUUCUGGUUAUUUUUAAUGUCAUUCCCAGUAUACCAUAAAAAAUUCUGAAAGACAUUGCCUGUUAAGAUUUUCAUCCAACCUGGUCACGUUGGUUGAGUGUCUGUGCACCUGUACCUUCAACAAUUCUGAAGGAUUUUUGCAUUACAAAUUGUGUCUCAAAUAGAGGUGAUCAAAGUAGAAGUACAUUCAUGAUGUAAACCUAUGAUAAUACAUAGCUGUUACACGUGUACGUAAUGAGUUUUUACUUUUCUUUCACUUCUGCAUAAUACACCUUUGUUUCUCACGGCUGUUGCAGGGAUAUUGUCCACAGUUCUGAAGUAUUUGGGCAUUACUAUUCAUGAUUCAGGUUGUGCUUUUCGUGGGCUAAAGUGUGUCACCAAACCACCAGCAUACUUCACUGCAGUCAUAUCACAUCACAUCCCAUAUGGGCUCAGCAAGACAUCCUGUGUGUGUGUGUGUGUGUGUGUGUGUGUGUGUGUGUGUGUGUGUGUGUGUGUGUGUGUGUUAGAAGCCAACAAAGGUGUGUAUCAGUGUGUGUGUGUGUGUGUGUGUGUGUUAGAUAGAGCACCAGGCAGACUGACUCAGCUGCGAUUGGUUGUCUCUCGGCACAUUCAGUGAGAGUUGCAGUCUCUGUGGCUACAGCCAGCCAGGCAGCCAGAUAGAGAGAGAGGAGAGUGCAGCAGCUCAUCUCUGCUAUCGCAAGCUUCAUACUCUUUCUCUCACGCACACUUUUAACACACUCACACACACACUCUCUCUCCGUCACACACUUGUAUACGCAUUUGCUCUUCGCCAGAGGUGUUGUGAGGUAAGCCUGCUUUGCAAAUGUCGAUCAUUUUCCAAGUUUCUAAGUAUUUUGCUUACCAUUCAAUAGAUCAAUGCAAGAUGAAUUUCUAUUUAAAAGAUCAAUAGAUUAGAUAACUUGCACAUGGAUCUGUUAUUGUUUUGUUGACAAAUUCAGUGGCACGGUGGGUCUGGUGUUGGACCGUAGGGAUAUGUUGUUUUGGAUAAAGUUUGUGGAUGGCAACGGGUCUCGAUAAAUGUGUUGUUUUUGAACCUUGCAAACACAAAAGGAGACGCAUUGAGAGAUUAUUUAUUGAAGAAGUUGUGUCUGCCCUGAAACUAUGAAUUCACAGAAGGUUGUGCGAUAGUGAUUUUUGUUUCAACUACGUAUUCUCCAUUCUAUACUAUUGGGUGCAUAUUAAUCAUGCCUUGGAAGCAUGGGUGCAGUGCCUGUCAUCCACACAGUUUUUUUUUUCACACUUCACAUUUUUGUGCUGAACAUGGGCGAAUAAGUAGGAAGUAAGUUGCACUAGCUUACAUCAGAUGACAGAAAAAAAUUAUUUGCUGAUGCGAGGGGGGGGAAUCUAUGCUUUCCCAUGCCUGCUGCUACGCAGUUGGAUAAACAGAAUUAAAGUGUACAGUAUACUGUAAGUAAGCGCCUACACAGUAAUUGUUAUUGCCGUGUUUAUUUGUGACAAAAACAAAAAAUACACAUACCUAUUUAGGCCUUUCUAUCAGUGAUACAGUAUGGGAUUCAAUCAAAUAUCCCAUUCGGAUGAGGAGGGAACUGAGGACAAUUCUGUGGCGGUGUGCACAUGGGAUAUUUGAGGUUAGGAAGUCACUGUGAUGCAGAUUAGGCAUCCUCUGUCCUCACCACUCAUCCAGAGAGAAACAAAGAAAGAGAAGGGGGGAGAGAGAGAGGAAAAGAAAGGGAAAUGGACACAGACAGAAACAGAGAGAGUGUGUAGGCAAGGACAUGUAUGUAUACAGUA